GGUGAUUCUGGAAGUCCAGUCUACUGUUACAUUCGCGGAAUAAAAUUCCUGAUUGGAGUAAUGACUGAUGUCGGAACGUACCGAGACAUUCAACGCUCAGCUGACGACGAGAUGAGAUGUGAAGACUACGACUUUGUCGUCAUUUCCGAUAUUCGUGCUAACAUGGGUGAAAUUCAAAGGAUUCUCGACCAAAGAGGACUCCACGACGGUCUGGCAAAUGGCCAAAAACUUUGUCACAAUGUUUUUUGA